CAGGCUAUAUGAUGCUGAUGAUGCUGCCAUUUCAUCAGCAAAUUUUACAAACAUUCUUUCAUCCAUUAUUAUGAGAUUGAAGAUUCGAUCUUGGGAAUGGAUUUUUAAAAUAAAAAACAUAACUGAUAUUAGAUCACACUCUUCCUCAAUGAUGAUGGUUCUCAGUAUGAUUGUACCGUUAUAACGGAAACUAGUUGCAUAGGCUGUUAUUUCUAACAAAACCUGCUCGGAUGUGUGUGGAUGCUUUGCUUUGGGACACCGUUUGUUUUUCACACCGAUACACAAUGAAGAUCACUGGUUUUGCUUUUGCAAGACAUUAAGAAGCUUAACUGAGAUCUUAUGAGAUAUGGAAGCUAUAUGGCUAUACCAGUUCCGAUUGAUCGUCAUUGGUGACUCAACAGUGGGGAAGUCUUGUCUGAUCAGACGUUUCACAGAGGGGCGUUUCGCACAGGUGUCUGACCCCACCGUUGGAGUGGAUUUCUUUUCACGUUUGGUGGAGAUUGAGCCAGGCAAACGGAUCAAACUGCAGAUCUGGGACACUGCAGGACAAGAGAGGUUCAGGUCUAUCACCAGGGCUUACUAUCGUAAUUCAGUGGGCGGUCUGCUGCUCUUUGACAUCACUAAUCGUCGCUCCUUCCAAAAUGUUCAUGAGUGGCUGGAGGAGGCACGUAGCCACGUGCAGCCACACAGCAUCGUUUUCCUGCUGGUGGGCCACAAGUGUGACCUGGAGCCACAGCGGCAGGUGAGCCAGCAGGAAGCGGAGAAGCUUGCAGCUGCCUACGGCAUGCGUUACGUGGAGACGUCGGCGCGUGAUGCUAUUAACGUGGAGCGGGCUUUCACAGAGCUGACACGUGACAUCUUUGAGCUUGUCAAACGGGGUGACAUCACCAUCCAGGAAGGCUGGGAGGGGGUGAAGAGUGGCUUCGUGCCCAACGUGGUGCACUCAUCUGAAGAAGUGACCAAGAGUGAUCGCCGCUGUCUCUGCUGAUCAUCAUACUUCUCCUCUGCAAACCCAGUCAUAUUGUGCUCCUUUAGCUUGGCCUCUUACACUGCCUUUUCGAUCGAUGAGCUUUUGAACACAGCUGUAUAUAGCAGAACCCAGAUCCAUUUUAGGACAUGUUCUAGGUUUCACUCCUGAGUAGAUCUGCACAAAAUCCAGGCCUUGAUCUCGUUAAAUAUUAGUUUAAAGAUAACGAAAUAACCCAUUUUUAGGGCAAAGCAAAGAACUCUGGACUAAACUGGAUGGGCCAUGCACGGAAAAGUGUAACCAGGAAGAGUGUUACGUUAGGAAUGCUUAAAUAAGUGAAUGCAUUGCCUCCUUGACCUACUUGCAUUCUUUUGAACCCAAGACAGAAGACAAAUUCAGACAUCAGUGUCACAUUCUCCUGCAAUCUAAAUGGAUUUAGGAGACAUGAACUGGGAGAAUCAUAUAAAUCGAAGUAUCAGCAUCUCUUCAGUUGCCACAUCGUGUUCUACAUUAUUAUCAUCUAUUUCCUAUUUAUCUCAUUUUAAACACGUUAAAUGUGAUGUUUUCUUAGGAAGCAUGCAGUGAGCAUUCCUUUGAGCUUACUUGCUAGUCUGAUUUGUAUAUCUAACUCCAUUUCUGCUAUAAAUAAACUCCAUGAUUUGGUUAUUGAUGGUAAUUGAUUCACUCAGAUGCAGUAAGCUCUGAUGUGUGACUAUUAAUCAGGAUGUCAGCCAGAACAUUUCAGAGAUUUGACAAUGGACAACCGAGUAACGCAAACACUACACCUGACACGUUUUGUUCAGAAAUUUCACACAGCAUUUAAAACGACCAUCUUAUAUAUCCUCACUAUUAUUCUAUCAUCUUACCUCUUUUUCUUUCUGAUCCAGUCUUUGAACGUGCAUUUGGAACGGGAUCUUUAAAGCUUUACCUUUCAUAUCCAUCCAAAAAUGUAUUGUUUGACUAUUAACCAAUACAUUGUCAUUUAACAGGUUGAAACAACUACUAGCUAUGUAUUUAUUGAUCUUGUAUGAAAGAUGAACAGUAAUACCAAUAAAAUGUGAUAAGAAAGAUUAUUAAUGAACGACAACAUAUAAUCCAUGUUAUUUUUUUCAUCGAGCUUCGUGUAAUGUAUCGUGAGCUUGGAUUGUUGAGUCGAAAAUGGACUGAGAUUAGCAAGUCACUUAAGAAUUACAAUUUUAUUAAAAAAACAAAACCAAAAACAUUUUACAUGACAUUUAUUUACAGUGUACAAAAUCCAGUGACAGAUUAAUACAAAGAUAAAAUAUACACUCAAAGUGAAGCUGAAAGGCAAAGGGCUUGGUAAACAUAGGCGUCUAACCAGCCACAAGGAUCUUCAAGGAGGAGUUUUAACUUCAGGCACAGUUCUGCAUUGGAGAAAAACAAUGUCCAAUGUGAAAUGCCUUAAAGAUGACACUAAUUUAUCUCACAACAAUGAAUAUUUACAUGGAGAGAUCAUGUAAAUAGAUACAUUUCAUAUAUUGAACAUACACUAAUAUGGUAAUACUGUACAAAAAUAUAUUUCUAAACUUACAUGAAAGCAGGAAUAAUUAGUUCAUCAAAUAUAGACAAAGCAAGAAAGGUAAAAUUAGUUAGAAUAUCAUAGCAUAAUAUAUACAACAGUGCACUACAACUACAUUAGAAAUAAUGUGACAAAAAAAUAGUAGAAAAAAAAUGUAUUCAUCCACAGCAAAAAAAAAAGGAAAAAAGUUUCAAUGGAAACUAAAAAUAUUUUUAUUAUAUAUUACUGUUUUUAUUAUAUAAUAAUUCUAUUCAUAUUAUAGAAUAUUACUGUUUUUUUUUUUUUACUCAAAAGUAUCCAUACCGUGAGAUACAAAUUCCAGUCAUAACCAAUUCAUUUAGGAUUUUUGUAUAAUGGACAUUGAACAAAGCAGCUUUAGGAAAAUAUACUGUUUCUGGAUGUCAUUUCUAAAUGUAGAAAUGUAUUCAUUUUGUUUUAAGCACAUCCAGUCCAUAAGACCUUCACAUUCCUGUUUUAAUACAGCUGUUAUCAAAAGUGCCAUUGACAAUUAUUUCCAGUGCAGUUUGGGAUCAGUUUUUUCUUCCAAUCACUUCCAGAUUUCAUCAAACUCCAUUUCAGAGUCUGUCUAGUCUCCUAGAUACUUCAUUUUUUGGGUUAUAAAAGGGCAUUAGAAUUGAGAUCAAUUUUUUUUUUUUUUUUUUUUUACAAAACUUA